AUGCCUCUCAUCCUCCUCCCCACAACCACCAAUGACACCCUGGCCUGGACCCGCAUCCGAACCCUCGCGUACUACGGGCCACUCCACGUCCUUACUCAUACACGCCCAGUCUCCGAGUCUUCCAUUCGCAGCGUAGCACAGGACCGCAAGAAAGAUAUCGACAAGCCGAACACCUGGCAAUGGAAAGUUGUAGAUACGGAUCUCCCACCGAGCGAAGACGAUCCGGAAGAUAACCGCGGGAGAACUAUCGCCAUUGCGGUGUGGAGUGCGCACAAUUUGUCUGGUCAGAACCAGAAACGUCGUGAUGGGGGUGAGCAAGGUGUAGAUUCAGGCUGGGGCAUCCAAGAAGAGCCGCCUUUCAUCCCGCCCGAACUCCGUCUGGAUGUUCUGACCGCAGUUCUUAACCCGCUCCGCGCUGCGCAAAACGAGAUUAUGGGAUCCUCCACUCCCUAUCUGAAGCUUGAUAGCUUGGCGACGCAUCCGGAACAUCAGCGGAGAGGGGCGGGCAAAUUGUUGCUGGACUGGGGCGUUGGGAAGGCGGAUGAGGAGGGGUGGAGGACGUAUCUUGAUGCGUCACCGAUGGGGUUGAAGAGUUAUGAAAAGGUAGGAUUCAAGACGGUGAAGGAGGUUACGUUUGACAUGGAAGAAUGGGGAGGGAAGGGGAAGGAUUGGUGGGCGUGUAUGGUCAGGGAGGCUGGGGGCGGUGAACUGAUUAGCAUGCAGUAG